UCCCUCUCGAACUCACACGCUCCGGCUCGCGCUCUCGAACAGCAGCGGCAACGUUGCCAUGGCACCCGCGUGACCCAGAGCGGCGGUUUUUCGAGAACGCGGCCGCUCUCUCCCGGUUCCAGCGCGGGACGUCUCGCUCAGCAUGCCGCCGCACGCGGCGCCGCCGGCCGCACGCGCGCCCAACUCGUCUCCGCUCCGUCCCGGCACGACGCGCCGCCGGCAGCAGUGAGGUCCGCGGCACCGUCGCCGGAAGCGAAGCACACCUGCGGCUGGACGGACGUGUGGAUGGAGGGACGUGCGCGCGCCGCACUCUGCCGCGCGCUUUUAAGCUGAUUUGACGAAAAACUCCCCGGGAUUAGAAGGUUGUCGGGUGGAACGACGAUGCCCCGCGGCUCGGUCCGGCACCCCCGGCUUUUGUUCGCGCAGCGGCGGACGCGCGGUCCCCGGUGUCCUCCGUAGAGCGCGUGUCUCCGGUGCCUCGUUGCUGCUUCGCUGCCGGCGUGGAUACGGAUAACAUGACUCGGUGGCUCCGCGCGGACAGCGUCCCGCCGUGUCUCCUGCUGUGCUGCGUGGUGCUCGCGAUCUGCGCAGGGGUCUCCGGCGCCGGUGACAGUGUGUGUUGGUCUCCUUCCAUCAGCUCCUGCUCCGAGUGCCUCAAACGCGGACCACAGUGUGGCUGGUGCUUCAAGGAGGACUUCCUGGACGGGCCGUGGCCGAGCCAGCGCUGCGACCUGGCGGUGAACCUGCUCCGCCGAGGCUGCGGGUCGGACUUCGUGGAGCGCUGGCGGGCCGAGGUGGAGGUGAACGCCACGCUCGGCAGCACGCAGGUGUCGCCGCAGGACGUCGCCGUCGCCCUCAGACCAGGCUCGGAGGCCAGCUUCGUGGUGGCCGUGAAGCAGCUGGAGCGCUACCCUGUGGAUCUCUACUACCUGGUGGACGUGUCGGCGUCCAUGCAGGAACACCUGGAUCAGUUGAAGACGGUGGGCGUAGCUCUGUCUCUCCGUAUGAUGGAAUAUUCCUCUGACCUUUGGCUCGGCUUCGGCUCAUUUGUGGACAAACCCGUCUCCCCUUACAUCAACGUCCACCCCUCCAAGCUCCACAACCCCUGCAGCGAUUAUCAAAUCCGCUGUCGUCCGGCCCACGGCUUCCACCACGUCCUCAGCAUGACGGGCAACGUGAGCGAGUUCACCCGCGUCGUCAAGCGCCAGCGCAUCUCUGGCAACAUGGACACGCCCGAGGGCGGCCUGGACGCCAUGCUGCAGGCCGCCGUCUGUCAGAGGGCGGUGGGCUGGAGGCCGGAGGCCAAGCGCCUGCUGCUGCUCAUGACCGACCAGCCGUCCCACCUGGCGCUGGACGGCCGCCUGGCCGGCAUCGUCACGCCGCACGACGGCCUGUGCCACCUGGAGGGCGACGUCUACGCGGGCAGCACCAGGCUGGAUCAUCCCAGUGUGGGCCAGUUGUCCGACAAGCUGCUGGAAAACAAGAUUUAUUCCAUCUUUGCUGUGGAGAAGCAGCGGUACCAGUGGUACGAGGAGUUGGUCCGUCUGCUUCCUGGAUCCUACCUGGGAAAGCUGGGCCUUUUCCAGGCUCCAAACCUGCUCCAGCUGGUGGUGGAUGCAUAUAAGAGGCUGCUGUCGGAGGUGGCGGUGGUGGUGUCUGUGGAGGACCGGGCGGCCAGCAGGUACCGGGUGUCGGUGUCUCCUCUGUGUCCGGACGGAUCCGCGGCUAAGGACCGGAGCUGCUCCGGGGUGCAGCCGGGCCAGACGGUCUACUUCAACGUCACCGUCGCCCUGCGCUCCUGCCCGGACGACGGCGGAGACGAAGACGUGACGGUGACGGUUCGGCCCGUGGGCUACAACGAAACCGCCGUCGUCCGGGUUCACUCCAAGUGCCGCUGCAGCUGCGGCGCCGCCCGCCGUUGCCACGACGACGAGCAGUCGCCUUGCAAAGAGGCCCGGGAGCAGAGGCCCGAACACGGGCCGAUUAAGGACUCGGACCGGGGCUGCAGAGCGGAAGGUUCUGAUGUGGACUGCUCGGGUCGAGGGGCGUGUGAGUGCGGGAGGUGUGUGUGUGAGCAGAGCAGGCUCGGGAAGGUAUACGGGAAACACUGUGAGAUGGACGACUUCUCCUGCAUGUACGAGGGCGGGCUGCUGUGUGGAGGUCGGGGGCUGUGCGUGUCGGGCGAGUGCGCGUGCGAGGACGGCUGGGCCGGAGGCAGCUGCGGAUGCCCCGUCUCCAAAGCGGCCUGUCAAUCACCCGACGGCUCGCUCUGCAGUGGGCGGGGCAAGUGCGCGUGCGGCAAGUGCGUGUGCGACGACGCCCGAUACUCCGGAGACCUCUGCGAACGAUGUCCCGCCUGUCAAAGCAGCUGCCAAUCCCACUGGCAGUGUGUGGACUGCCACCUGUCUCACGGCCUCACGUCCACAGAGGCCGGACGCUGCAACAGCACCUGUGGCCCACUGGUGGACUACAUGGCUGAUGAACCAGGUCAAUCGGGGGAGAGGAGGCUCCAGUGUCUGUAUGUCAGUAAAGACAGCUGUCGCUAUCGGUUUCAGACCAGCUCGUUGGCCGGUCACACCCAGUUGCACAUCAGCACGAGGCCAGACUGUGGCGGCAGCAGCCGUGUCGUGGCCACCUUCCUGAGUGUGUUCGUGUGUGUGCUGAUGUGCGGCCUGGUGGUGGUCGCCGUGUCCCGGCUGCUCCUACAGAAGAAAGGCCGACCACCAGGGGGCAGUGUUCAGAACGCCUACCACUGCACUGGAAAGGAUCUCUCAUACAUUCCCACAACCAAUGAGAAGACAGUCACCUACAGGCGGGAUCAUCCACCCGACCGCUCCGUGGAGAUGCACAUCCACGUGCCUAAGAUGCCGCUCGACUACUAGACCUGGGUCUGAGUUGAAAGGCGAGUCCUCUGCUGCUGCAGCUCUGCGAAAAAACUGUAUGUGAAGCGAGGGAUGAUCCUAAAACGAAACUAUGAAACCUCCAAGCGAGGGUAUUUAUAACACAAGCUGGCAAAACUGUCAUAGACUGUGUAACUGAUGCGGCCAGUAUCCUGGAGACUGAGACGAAAACAGGGAGCACGCGCCCCUCACCUCUUCUUCAUGUGUAGCAGCAGGGAGGCUACUUUUUCACAGGGUAAUGGGAGAUGCUUCCUUACUCUUUAGCCAUGCGGCAUUUAGUGCUUUAAAUUACAUGUGUGUGUGUGUGUGUGUGUGUGUGUGUGUGUGUGUGUGUGUGUGUGUGUGUGUGUGUGUGUGUGUGUGUGUGCAUAGGUGGAUGCAUCCCCAUGCUUUCUAUUUAUAAUUUUACAGGACAACACUAUAGUUGAUGGUUCAUAUGUCUUUGACACGCUACAUCUACAGUUUUGCUCAUUUCCUGUCUAAGUCCGCCCCCUAGUGGUCAGCUGGAGACAUGACCUUCUCUCAAACGUUUUUGUUGCAUUUCCUUUGUUAACUGAUCAGCCACAUUGUCCUAUUUCCAUUUUUCUAUCAUGACGAGUGUUCUUUUAGUUUAAUAUGAGUAUCAGUGGGUAUUAUUCUGGUUAGAUUUGCACUUGAGCAAUUGUUUUGCAUUGUACUACUGAAAAGAGAGCUGUUUGUGGAGCAUUAGACGCAUCUGUGUGCAUUUUAAGCUAAUGUAACACAAUACUGGCACGAUGGUGGACUUCUCAUUCCAAAACAAUGCAGACUGACUUAAUGUUUGAACGCUUGACCUCUGUUACAGCGAGAACUGCGUGUGCACAUAUCUGCUGACCAUUCCAGAGCUAAUUCAUCCACGACUGUACAUUAACUGAUGCGCUUAGACUCUAAACCCUGAGCGGACGUAGAAAUGAGGGCUGAAGGUACUGAGAUCAGAGGCAGACUCACACUCCUCGCAUCUCGCAUGCACUGAUCCCUUGGAUCCAGAGCACUAUUGCCAUAGUUGCUUCCCAUUCCUGAUUUGUUUAACACAGUGUUUACAGCAAUAGCUGCUCAGUUUUACUGUAAGUCAGGAACACUAAUGAUUAUUUAUUGUGAUUCUAUAUAUAUAUAUUGUUUUUAUGACAUUUGGUAACUGUGCUAUGAUAUGAGACUGUUACUUGAGUUACAGGCAGUCAGUACGGUACGAAGGCCGGUCUUUCUCCCUAACGAUAGCAAUAAGGUAAUAAUCAUCUCCCCUCAGUAGAAACUGAGUAACAAUAGCACUUUUUUGUGUAGUUCCGCUCUCAAUUAAUGUGACUAGUUGUGUAGCAUGAUUUUUUUGAUUACAAUAAAAUGUGUUUUCUUUUAUGA